AUGGUAGUACGGGUGAAGCUGAUCAAAGGCGACGUCAUAUUUCCGACUGCCGCUACUGUGAAGAAACACCCCUUCGUGCCCAUACAGCUCAAUAAAGAUUCUUCAUAUUUCCUGCUAGGAUCAUCAUGGAGUAAGUUCCUCUUAAAGAGCUCCCCAAGUGAUGUCCUUUCUUUUUUUGCCCCUACCCCAGUCCAAACCAAUUAUGAAAUUACUGAAUUGACAUCUUUCCAUGGGUCUUUCCAUGCUGUUGCUCCCCCGGGAACUGUCGAUCUUGGGUCUGCAGAUGCUCACAAGUUAUCUAUAGAGAAGAGUAAAUAUCUUGGAGGGAUGAUAAUCAUUCAUCAUCAUCUAUAG